AUGUCCGAAGAAACCAAAGUGACGCUCUACGACAUCACAUCUGUGCUGCAAGAUAAAGCUUGGAGUCCCAACACAUGGCGGACUAGAUACGUUCUUAACUUGAAGGGCAUCCCCUACCAAACGCGCUGGCUUCUUCACCCCGAGAUUGAACGCGAGCUCAAGGGCAUCGGUGCUCCUCCAACGAUUCACUGGAUAUUGAAGACUGAGACGUACACGCUACCGGCCAUCUAUGACCACACCAACGCAACCGCCAUCUCCGACUCCAACAAGAUUGCGAGAUAUCUUGAGCAGACGUACCCUCAGACUCGACCUUUGCGCGUCGCAGAGUCCCUCGAGUUCGUUGACUCUUACGGGAAGCGAUUGAACGACGCGUUGUUCCUGCUUCUCGCGGCACAAACGGCGGAAAACCUCGUCCCCGAAACGCGACAGGCUUGGCGCGAGAAACGCGAGCGCGCGUUUGGUAUGCGUCUGGAGGCUCUAGCAGAGCCGGAUGAGCGACGCGACAUGCUCUUGACGGAUGUCCUUGGCGUGCUGUCCGACAUCGAUGCGCACAGCAAUAGCAAAGGAGAAAGUCCGUACAUCCAAGACGACGAGGUCACCUACCGCGACGUAGUGACCGCCGCAACCCUCACCUGGGCACGCCGGGUAGCAGGAGUGGACAGCGAUGUGUAUGGGCUGAUCAUGGAGGUUCACGGAGGAAGGUGGAAGUGGCUCAUGGAUCGCUUCGCUGAGUGGGAAGUGGUAGAUGGAGUAGAAGUUGAGAACGGUGUAUUGUAG